CAAAAAUAUGUCUAACAAGGACGAAGAAGAGUCACUUGAGCAACAAGAGUUCUUUCAAAUAGAUGAGGAACCUGAUGUCAGAAGUGGACAAAUAGAAGAAGAAAAGAAUUUAGAGAUGACUCUUAGAGAGGAAAUACCCAGGAAUAGCCUCUCACAGGAGUCUUUUGCAAUCGGGAGAUUCUGCACUGUGCAUGAAUACAUCAAUAUCUGUGGUGAAAGAAUACUCCUGUAUGAUGCAGAUGAGAAUAUGGAAGAGGUUAUCGACACCUCUACUCCAAACCUGGAGAGAAAUAUUCAAAGUGCUUUUGACUCUUCUGAGCCUGAAAUACCACCAGGUUCUGAAGAAAUGAGACCUAUCCAACUGAUAAAUUCAGAUGAUACAAAUCAAACUGAUGAUGAUGGCAUGAAACUUAAGAAGAAGAACAAGGACGACGAAAUGGCAGAAGUAGAAACAUGUGCUAGUUCAGAAAUCGACCCAAAUGAAUGUCUUGCUAGUGACGAAUUCAUAGACUUUCCAGAAAAUAUGAUUGAAGAAAUCAAUUCCCCAAAGGAGGAAUCUAAGGUAGACUCACUUGAGGAAGAAAAGGAGGAAGUCUACAGAAGUAAUAGAGGAAUCGAAGAGGAAAAGAUACAGCUUGAAACUCCAAAACAACCUUAUGAUUAUUUCUUCACUUCUAACAUUGAGGAUCCAUAUUGUAGAUUCAGAUACGAUCAAGAUCCGAGCUAUUUUAAUGAUACCAGCAUGGAGUUUGAGACUCAUAAUCGUAUGAAGUACCAACACUUGCACCCAUGGGAAAGAGAAGAGAGCCUAUGUGGUUGGAACUCUUUGAUAAAUUCCGCAAAAUCCUGCUCAUUAUCCAUCGAACGCUAUGGACACUGAAAUUCAAAUCAUGAAGAAGAGGAGCCUUCAUUGAUGAUACCCAAAGAUUUUGAUCCAAUAGGAGGGUUUAGUCACAAUAUCACGGAUACAAAUGAGAAUGAGGGCCAAUUUAGCCUAUUCAUGCAAGAUGAGAAUGAGCUUGACCACAUCAUUGGAAAUGAGCACUUCGAGUCUCUGAUAGUCGAUAAAUAAGAGCCUUGAACUAGACUGUACUCUAAUCGGAACAGAGGCUGAUAUAAUUGCAAAAGAACCUCCUCUUAUCCCUAGUGACGAAUUCAAAAUCCCUGUGAAGACCACUUCGAAGCAAAAUAGGGGUCAAAAUGGCAGGAAGAAAAUGUCAGAGCAACCUUAUCUGAUGAAGAGGAAGAUUAUCAGAAAGAUGAAACAGUUCUAUAAGAAUAGAUUUUUGAAGAGUAUUUAAGCCUAAAAGACUCUCAAGAGAAUUUAACGUUAUGCCCAAGGAGAAAUAUUUCACCCUCUUAAGAAGCUAUAUGGCUGUAGAGUUUGAGAGCUUUGGUCACUCUCAAGAAUUUAUAGCCACACUUGAGGAACCUCUAGCCCUACUGUUGCUUUGUAAUAAUACAAAGAAGCAGUGGGCAAGUACUGAAGGGCUGGACUUCGGUCUGGUUAGAGAAGUCUUGUACAACUUCAAAUUAAAGACACUAGAGAAGUAUAUGCAGAUUGGCCAGUAUGCAUUUCUCUAUAAGUACUACUUCGACACUGCCGCCAAGGAAGAAGCUAGCAGCCAGAAGGAAGUCCCCCAAAGCCUGUUUUAUGCUGAAAUGGUUAAUAUUUAUACUAUGGCAGAUAAGACAGUGAAGAGUGAAGAUAAGGAGGUAUGCAGUCCUCUUACUUAAUUACUUUCAUUUCAACUAGUUCAACAU